CUGGCAAAAAGAAAAGAAAAGCAAAGCUCACUGUUGCUUUAAAUUUUAAUUUUUUCUUAAAAAAAUUGGUUCUUUAUUGUUUUGUUUUUGGAGUAUUUUUAUUGCUCUCUAGAAGUGGAACAGAAGAUAAAAUAGAAGUUUUUUUUAGAUUUUUUUUAACUUUUAUAGUUGAAGACUGAGCAAAGCUAAAACCGUUCUUGAAUUCCACCGGCGGUUUUGUGGACUGUCAUCUGUAGUUUUCAGAGCUUCAAUGCCUAGUAGCAAGGUUUAUCUGACUUACAAGAGAAAACUGCCAUCGACGAGAACUGGCAUUACCCAUGAAAAUGGGUGCCAUGAAUCACUUUCUGAAGAACCAAGUGACACUCCUCUGACUGCGCCUGACAAUCAUGAUGUAAAAAGUCACCCUGAUGUUGCAGGAAAUCAGCAAAUAAAUGACUCGUCCAAGGAUACAGUUUGUCGUGAAAGUAUGACCUGUAGCUGUAAAUUACAAAACGUUUCUGCACUUCAGCCAAUCCUUGAAUCCAGCAGUCUAGAAGCAGCGAAUCACAUUGAAAGGUCUGAUGUGAAACAAAUGACUGCUAGAUGUAAUUGCAAAUUACCUGGACUAGAGAGCCCUAAGAAGGAAACGUCAGGGAAGGAGAAGACAGUGUCUCCUUAUCUUGAUUCAUCACUAAAAGACAAGUCAAAUCUCACUCAUGUUUGUUCGUGUUCAGUUUUGAGCAUUGGUUCCCCAGAAAAAUUAAAUUCUCAGUCAACCGGGACCAAUAACGGGAACAGUCUGGAUGUUAUCAGCUCAAAGGUGUCUAUUGAAAUAAGCUGCAUCUCUGCAUCUGAUGUUGGUUCAUGUUUGAAUCAAGUGCCAAACUUGGAAGGGACGUAUUCACUCUCUAAACAUAUGUCGAUGGACAGUCUUGGGCAAACGAAGUUGACCACUCCGUUGAUUACUUUCAGUCGAAGAUAUAAAAGAAGAAAAGGAAUUGAUGAGAGUGAUGUAAAAAUUCCAUCUAUUGAAGAGAAAGAUUGCUCAUCUUUCACUAAAUCGAGUAUAACUGCCGGGAUUGUUGUGUCCCAUAAAGUCUGUGUGGAUGAUAAUAAUUCAGCAAAUGUGGAGCUACCUGGAAAUAAUACAGAUUUGAGGAACAUGUCUCCUCAAAAUCAAGAUCAUAUAAAAAAUGUUAACUCUGCGCACAGUCAUGCAGGGUCUGCUUCGGAAGCUAAGAUUUUGAUUAGUGAAGGAGACUUAUGUCAUGUUUCUGAAAGCACAUCCAAGAACGGCUCAUCUUUUACGGAACAAGAACAGAUACCCGAAAUUGCCAUGGAUGCUGAAGAAGCUCCUCUAGAUAAUGGUUUGCAGAUUUCAUUAAAUGAUGAAGCUAUAGAUCAGUGUGAUGCCAUAGUAAUAGAUGCAGAGUUGGAAAAAGCUAAAAAUAGAGAUGGCUCUGAACUUCUGUCAAGUUGUGGGAAAGCAACAAUAGUUCCUGAUUACCUUAGAGAAAGGAGUCGACCCUGUUUGGAUCUGUCUGCUACUCCUGAUUCUUGUGGUACAUUGGAUUGCAAUGUCCAUUUAGAUGUUAAAAAGGAGCCUGUACAUGCUACUUCAGAAUCUCUUCGAGACUCGAUGGACUCUACUAGCAGAAGUUACACAACUGUUUUAGAUCUGGAGUCUGCUCCUCAAUUAGCAGAAAACAUGAAUAAGACGGCUGAGGAAUGCUUACCAGUUCAUUCAACAAGGGCUCUUAGUGACGCAUCAAUUUGUAUGGAAGAAGCUGGUUUCAACUCAAAGGAUAAUGGUGAAGCUUGUCCAGGAUUCUCCGUGGACAAUGUAUCAGAAAAAAAAUGUCUGCAGCUAUUUUCUGAAGAAAGGAUUUGUUUCGACUUAGCAAAGCCAGAAAUUACUAGAAGCAUGGUUUUAGAAGAAAAGGAAUCACUUAAUUCAGGAAGAGGCAAUAAUCAGAUAAGACAAACUUCAAGCGGUUCUAUAUUAGAAUUGGGUUUGUCCCUGCCAACAGAGUCGAAUAUGGGCAACUGUUUUGAAAGAUUAUCCCUCCAGUCACCAGUAUGGGACUUCGGCAAUAAAAUCAGAGACUUUGUCCCGGAGGCAGUGCAUCAGUCAUCUUCUAAUCAGACAGCUCAAUUUCUGAGACAUAAUUUGAUGCUUGAUGGUUUCUUAAGUCGAUCAAUUUCUUCGAAUGCUCAGGGUGGUUUUCAAGACAAGUCUAAGCCAUAUACUACCUUAUGGUCAGAAGAAGAACUGGAUUUACUUUGGAUAGGUGUGAGGAGACAUGGAAGGGACAACUGGCAUGCCAUGUUAAAGGAUCCAAGACUCCACUUUUCUUCCUGUAGGACAGCAAGGGACCUUGCUGAGCAGUGGGAGGAGGAGCAAAUUAAACUGCUGAAUAAUCAGUGUUCACAAUUUAAUUCUCCAUUAAUAGACGGCAUUUAUAUAGACCAUACAGGUAGCUUCCCACGUCCAAAGGCAGGAAAGUGGCGACGAAAUGCUAUGGAGGAGACUAGACUGUCACUAGGAGAUGUAUAUGCUCGUAGAUUCUCCAAGAAGCGACGUUGCAACACAGAAGAGCUCCGUGGGCCUGCUACUUAUCCAAAUAAUGCACCAUAUUCUGAGUUGCAGAGCCAGAUGUAUGCCAAGAGCUUAUAUGAGUCGGGUUUCAUGACUCUACCGAGGUGUGAUCCCUUUCUAAAUAACAACCCUUUUGCUUCUUUGGCAUCCUCGGCUAAUUUGCCCACCUGGAUACGAGAAGUGGUUAAUACUCCUCCGAGGCCAAUGAGUGCAUCUAUUCCUUCUACUUUUUUACCCGCAGCUCAUCCGGAGACAAAACGAGUUGCCACACAAUGUCCAGACCCUAGUGAGCUCCACUUUAAUGGACUCGAGUAUGGCAGUCUAAAGGGCCAUGAUGCACAGCUAUCAAUUAGUGCUCAUUGUUCCAACGUAGUAGUAACGGGAAUAAGACAUGGAAAAGGUGAUGAUAGGAUGGAGAUUUCAGGUCUUACUGACAAACCAGACAACUUGAUCAUUAUUGAUAGCGAUGCAUCAUCUGAGGAGACUAUAUCUGAUGAUAAUACUAGGAGGCUCUAGCUUUGAGGAUGUUCAUGUCUUUUGUGUUUAAAUGAUGUGAUUAAUGUCUACUGUACAUUUUGCAGUCCACCAAUUUGUAACUAAAUUCUCCCAUUGAUGCUUGCACUAGAACAGAACAGCUUGAGCUUAAGGGCCAUUUACUAGAUUGGCCUUAUCUCUGUAUUUUUGCUUCGUUAAUGAGACAGGUCAACUUUAACCCCUUGA